CGUGGGCCGACAGGAAGCUUCUGGAGGCUGCAAGGAGCAUGGAUGAGGCUGCAGAUUGGCUUGUGGACUCUCUCCGCUUGUACCGAGAUCUCCAUGCAUUUGAGCUGCCAGGUCCCACCAGAGUCCUGGAGUGGACUGAUAACCAAGGAGUCUUUGUUGCGGGCUGUGAAAGUCAGAAAAGAAAUGAAGUGCUGCAUCUUCUUUUACCCCCAAAACUCUGUGCUGAAAACCAGGGCUUAUGCCCAGAAAGAGAUUUCAGGAUGAAACAUGGGGGAUUUUCAGACAAGCCUGUCUACAACCUGAAGCAUGUGCCAGACACCAGGUUGCUGGUGACAAGUGGCCCACCUGGCAAUUCUCUACAGGUGUGGCAGGUUGCAGAAGAUAGUGACGUGAUUAAAGUCGUAAGUACCAUUGCUGUCCAUGGGGCAGAAAGUAGUCUCUGGCCCAAGAUUGCAGUCCUCACUUCUGAGGUCCCCAGAGUCCUCCAUGGGGCCAGGGUCAGUGAUCUGCACAUUACUGAACUGGAGUCCCAGAAGACUCUCUACAUGUCAGGUGGGAGUGACAGUGAAGAAGAGAUAAGUAGUCUGCAAGUAUUGGAUGCAGAUACGUUUGUCUUCUGCUGUGCUUCGGGACGACUGGGGCUUGUGGACAUCCGGCAGAAGCUGGGUGACUCAAAAAGGACUGCCUCAAACCCUGGACCUGGUGGGGAGCAGUGGUGUGCUGCAGUUCGAACCAGUGGGCAGGGGCCAGGCCCCACUAUUGCCAGUCUGUCCACAAGUGGACAGCUUCAGCUCAUAGACUUAAGGGACCUUGACCAUCCAGUGACAACAGUGCAGUGCUCAGUUUCUAUGCCCAGCCCAGACUGGGAGUUACUGAGGGUAACCUGGGCUCCUACUCUAGAUGGCUACUUAGCCAUUUCAGGUUUUGGUGGGACUGUCCAGAUCUAUGAUAGCACGUCUUGGGAGAGAAAUGGGAGCCAUGUAGAACCACUCUUUAUCCAUAAAGGACAUCUUUUCAUGGAUGGGACUGAGAAUGACUUGCUUUCACUGAUCACCACACAUGCCUGGCACCCCAGCAAACCAAGGACAUUGUUAUCUGCAGCAGCUGAUGCAUCUUUGCAUGUGUGGGAUUGGAUGGAUCCUUGCAGCUCCUGUUGAUUCCAGUCAAAGGAAGGAACAGGCUUCACACAUUCCCAUGUUAUUGGUGUGAGCUCACUUCCUGUGUUGUAGAGAUUGAAAUGGAGGACCUGUAAGCCUCAUCUCUGCAUGUAAGGGGCAAGAUUCUAAGAUCCUGUUUGGCAGCUAUGAGGGAACUGGUUUAUUUUUCUUGAGAUUAAGACAAAUGAUAGUGGUUUACAUGGCACCACUAGGAAGCUAGAGGCUCAAAACCCAUCUAUCCAUCCCUGUCCUUUGGCCUAAGCAAUACCAGUAGCAUGCCAUGGGAAGUAUACAGUAAUUGAAUGUAAAUCCUUGUAUGUCAAGGGUCUGUAGCAGGAGUAUUAUGUGUUAGUGGAUCUGAAAAAGUAGUGAUCUCAUCCAGCUGUCAGUUGCCACUAUUUCUUUCUCCUCCCCCCAAGUCUCCGGUAGGUACCAUCCUACAAUACCCUAUCUUCACCAUAUGCCCCUCCUAUGGCUUGCCAGGACUCCCCUGCCUAGGUCAGGUACUUAUCAUUUUAUUCCUCUAUUAUUUGCUUGGAUGGUGCUGUCUGUAUGUAAUAAGCUGCUCUUGUCACAUUACUUUUGUUACUUUGAAGGCCCUGUGAUGUCAUUGGUGUGGGUACCCUUGGCCUUUUAUUCUUUGUAAUUCUUGACCAUAUUCUCCCUAGUAUGUCCCACAGAGGAUCUAACAUGUUGGAGGCCUUCCUUUUAUAUUUCAGGGAUUACCAAUAUGCCAUUUGGCACUGUUCAAUCCUUUCUUAUUUUCCCUGUGUGACCAGCCCACCUCCAUUUAUACCAGCUCUUGAUAAUAUCUUGCCUGCCAUUUUUUGUGUACAAAUUAUUGUUAGUAACUGAAACUCAUGCCUACAAUGUGUCUUUGUUUUCCUAAUUGUAGCUAUUCUCAGAUUCUUUUUUUUUUCAGUCUGCAAAGUUUCUGUCCCCAUGGACUUGAGAAAUUUUUCUUUGUGAAAGAAAUUUCAUUUUUGAAUUUUUUUGUUUUUGUUUUUUUUUUGAGA